AUGGCGUUCAUGCGGUACCGCGCGCUGCCGCAGGGGGAGCUGACGGUGGAGGAGUUCCGGGCGUGGCUGGCGCAGUUCGACGCGGACCGCGACGGGCGGAUCAGCAGGGAGGAGCUGCAGCACGCGCUGCGGAGCCUCAACGUGUGGUUCGCGUGGUGGAAGGCGCGGGACGGCGUGCGCGCCGCCGACGCCAACCGCGACGGCGGCGUGCAGGGGGAAGACGAGGUGGCCCGCCUCUUCGCCUUCGCGCAGAGGCACCUCCACGUCAAGAUCACCCAGCUCGGCUACUACUGA